AUGGCUGUCGACGUCGCGUCCGACUCCAACCGUCUUGGUCUGCGACUGCCGAAUCCUCCGCCAUUGCUGCAUACCCGCGGCGAGGCCUUCGACCGCCCCUCCACCCCCGCUGACAAUGGCUUCACCAGUCCCACACAAACCCCCCAGGGUAGCCCAAGCAAAUCGAGGGCACCCCCCGGAUCCCUCGAUCUGCCGAAUGUCUUUGAUAAAGCUCUCAAGCUGACCCCGACCUCCCCCUCCAAAUCCACCCAUAACCACUUGAAUCAUCCCAUGUUUACAUCCGACAAGAGUAACAUUGAGGACUUCAACGAGAGCGUCAUUCACCAGCGCCCGUCAAGUCCGACGCGCAGCAGGGCAAAUAAAGAGAAUACACCCCCGACCAGUACUCGUCUGCCCAAGGAUCUGGGAUCUAAACCGACUGCCGCGGCAAUCUCCCGCCAUGAGCCAUAUCAGCAGCGCGACACGGACACGUCCAAGCGCCAAGUCCAGUUGCGCGGGCUGACCCCGGAAGAGAUCGAGAAGCUACAACAGCCCCGGGUUAAGCGCCUGGUGAACGUGACGCAACUCUACUUCCUCGACCACUACUUCGACCUCCUCAGCUACGUCCACAACCGACAGACCCGGCACGCACAAUUCAAAUCCGCAUACCCUGAACCCCCCGCGACACCCAACGAUGAAUACGAGCCCGCCGUGCUGAAAUACCUGGGUCGCGAGCGCGCACACCUGCGCAAGCGUCGCACCCGCCUGCGCCAACACGAUUUCCAGAUCCUGACGCAGGUGGGCCAGGGUGGUUAUGGACAGGUGUAUCUGGCACAGAAGAAGGACACGCGCGAGGUCUGCGCGCUCAAGGUCAUGAGCAAACGACUACUGUUCAAGCUAGAUGAGAUCCGACACAUCCUCACGGAGCGCGACAUUCUGACCGCCGCGAAGAGCGAGUGGCUCGUGCGACUUCUGUAUGCCUUCCAGGAUGACGAGCAGAUUUACCUGGCGAUGGAGUACGUUCCCGGUGGCGACUUCCGCACACUCCUCAAUAAUACGGGCGUGCUGCACAAUCGACAUGCGCGUUUCUACAUCGCGGAGAUGUUCAGCUGUAUCGACGCUCUGCAUGUCCUUGGCUAUAUCCACCGCGAUCUCAAACCCGAGAAUUUCCUGAUCGACUCCACCGGCCACGUCAAGCUGACCGACUUUGGUCUGGCCGCUGGUAUGCUGAGCCCUGGCAAGAUCGAGUCGAUGCGCGUCAAGCUCGAGGAGGUCGGUAAUACACCCGUCCCCUUCGGCCGUCCCAUGGAACAGCGCACCAUGGCCGAGCGCCGCCAGGGUUAUCGCUCCCUACGCGAGCGCGAGGUCAACUACGCCAAGUCCAUCGUUGGGUCUCCCGACUACAUGGCCCCCGAGGUUCUCAAGGGCGAUGAAUACGAUUUCACCGUCGACUACUGGAGUCUGGGAUGCAUGCUCUUCGAGGCAUUGGCCGGGUAUCCACCAUUCGCCGGUGCCACGGUCGACGAGACCUGGCAGAAUCUAAAGCGCUGGCAAAAGGUACUGCGGAAGCCCGUGUACGAGGAUCCGAAUUACUUCCUGUCGCGGCGAACGUGGGAUUUGAUCACGACACUGGUGGCAGCCAAGGAGACGCGGUUCAAGAAUAUCCAGGAGAUCCAUGCGCACGAAUACUUUGCGGAGGUGGACUUUACGCGAUUGCGGGAGCAGCGGGCGCCAUUUGUGCCGGAGUUGGAUUCCGAGACGGAUGCUGGGUACUUUGAUGACUUUAGCAAUGAGGCUGAUAUGGCCAAGUACAAGGAGGUGCAUGAUAAGCAGCGGGCGCUGGAGGAGAUGGCCGAGCGGGAUGAGAAGAUGAAUAAGGGGUUGUUUGUUGGGUUUACAUUCCGACACCGUAAACCAGCCGUCGACAGUGCCGGGCGUAGCUCGCCCCGCAAGCCGAUUACCACGGAUGGCUCGUUCGGAACGAUGUUCUAG